AUGGAGGCAAUAUCGGAUCCAGCGUUUCAAAAUACCAAGUCACUAAAAACUGCAGCAGAAGAACUACCGUCUCUUCUAACCGUCAUUGUCGAUACUACACCAAAAGUUUGGGCAGAAUUGGACCAAGAAAGCGGGUGCGAUAAGAGUCUUAUUAAUGCCCUGCAAUCUCUGAUUGUUUUUUUGAAUGCACAUUUGACCUUCAACAGUGCCAACCGGGUCUGCGUGAUCGCAGCGCACUCCAGUGGCAUCAAAUAUCUGUAUCCAACCACGACAUCUGAUGGCCAGGAGGAUGGGGCUGUCAAAAAGUCAGCUGCAGACCUGAAGAUUGUCAGCAGCGAUAUGUAUCGACAGUUUCGAAAUGUUGACGAAACGGUCCUGGAAGAACUGUACAAGCUAAUGCAAGAAGAAAGAACUCGAAAGCAACCUAGCAGGCCGCAAAAAAGUACACUAUCUGGAGCUAUGUCAGCUGGCUUCACUUACAUUAAUCGGGCCGUUAAGGAACAAAGUAGCACCACUCUCAAGGCACGGCUCAUGGUUCUAACUUGUGGUUCCAGCGGUGGGAAAGAUGAAGUGUUCCAGUACAUUCCUAUCAUGAAUUGCAUUUUUACAGCCACCAAAAUCAAGUGCCCUAUCGAUGUUGUCAAAAUUGGCGGUUCACAAGAGUCUACCUUUUUGCAACAAGCCACCGACGCAACUAACGGCGUCUAUCUGCAUGUCCCUUCAACAGAGGGCUUGAUCCAAUAUCUCACAACAGCAAUGUUCAUAGACCCCUCAUUAAGGCCAAUAAUAGUGAAGCCGAAUCAGGGUUCAGUAGAUUUUCGGACCUCGUGCUUUCUAACGGGUAAAGUAGUUGCUGUAGGGUUUGUCUGCAGUGUGUGUCUGUGCGUUUUGUCGAUCAUUCCACCAGGGAACAGAUGCCCGGCGUGUGACUCCGAAUUUGACGAGCAUGUUUCUGCCAGACUCAAGCGCAAGCCGCUUGUUUCUGGGACUAUUGCCAGUAUGAAAAAGAAAAAACCAAACGAGUGA